UUCCUCGAUUUCCAAAACGACGUCGUAGUUCGUGGACCAGGGCCAUUUCAAUUCUUCCUUUCGUCUGCACCCCCUUGUUUGCUUUUGGCGGAGAAGGGAAAAGGAAAAUCCUGAAUUUUCCCGCCAAUUUUUCUUCGAUCCGAACAAUGGCACCAAAAUCCGAUAGCGCCGAAGCUAUCGUGUUGAACUUCGUCAACGAGCAAAACAAGCCGGUGAAUACGCAGAACGUGGCGGAUGCAUUGCAGAAGUUCAACCUGAAGAAAGCGGCGAUUCAGAAAGCGUUGGACAACCUCGCUGAUGGGGGACGCAUUUCGUUCAAGGAGUACGGUAAGCAGAAGAUAUAUCUCGCGCGGCAAGAUCAGUUCCAAAUUCCCAACAAUGAAGAACUUAACCAGAUGAAGGAACAGAAUGCUGACAUGCAAAAACAGCUAGAAGAUCAGAAAAAGGUUAUCAGUGAGGUUGAAGCAGGUGUAGUAUAUGUACUCUACUAUAGUCAUGGACCCUAUUUGUUAGGAAGCAACAUUUUAUGUAGUUUGGACAUGUUUAGAUAAACUUAAAAAUUAGAAAACAAAAAAUUAAGUAAGCACCUUCACAAACUAAAU